UCUAAAAAACAGGGCCGAUGCAAAAAGUAGAAAAUAUCUAGACCGUGUCUUUUGUCUGCGAUUUUGACAAUGUAUUUAGAAUAAUAUUAUUGUAAAAAGUGAAAUUUCUAUGAUAGUUUGAGAGGAGGAAGUUAUGGCAGGAGUUAGGACACUCUUCCCAUUAAUUGAAAGUUGUUGUCUGCAUUUCAUAUCUUUCUCUCUCCUCUUUUUCGCUUCCUGUCUCAUGAACUAAAGAAGAAACAGCUUCAACUAAUUACAAUCCCCAUUUUUAAUUUUUAACAAGAACCCAACUAGCAAAAUUAUGGAGCAAGAUAUUUCCGCAAUUGGGUUUUCUCUCUCUUUGAUUUUGGUGUUCACUUGUUUUCACAAUGCUUCUGCUAAUGAUGAAGUCGAUGCAUUAUAUGCAUUCAGAUCCAAUUUGGUUGAUCCUGAUGGAAGAAUGGAUAAUUGGGAGUCUCACCUUGUUACUCCUUGCACAUGGCACCACGUUACAUGCGUAGGUGAAAGAGUCACCAGAGUUGAACUUGGAAAUUCACAGUUAACUGGUCAACUUGCUCCAGAACUUGGCCAGCUCGCAAACCUCCAAGUAUUGUCCCUCUACAACAAUAAUAUAAAUGGUACAGUACCACAAGAGUUAGGGAAUUUGGCAAACUUGGUGCGUUUGGAUCUCAGUUCCAACAAUCUUAUUGGUCCUAUUCCAAAUACAUUGGGCAAUCUCAUUAGUCUACAGAACUUGAACUUGAAUAACAACAAUUUGUCAGGAGAAAUACCCAGGUCACUGACUGCUAUAUCAAGCCUGAACACACUUGAUUUGUCAUUCAACCAGCUAACAGGAGAUGUUCCUGUCAAUGGAUCCUUCUCAAGGUUCACCAAUUCAAGUUUUACUGGCAAUAAUAAUUUGAGGAUGCCCGCCAUAAGUCCUACGGUCCAACCAGGAAGUAAUAGCUCCAUUGGAGCUAUUGCUGGUGGAGUUGCUGCGCUGGUGUCACUCUGUUAUGCAGCUUGCAUAGUUAGCAUUGCUUUGUGGCGACGUGGGAAACAUCGAGAUCAUUUCAUUGAUGUUCCUGAUGAAGAGCAUCCAGAACUUCACCAGGGACAAUUGAAGAAAUUUUCCUUGCAAGAACUACAAAUUGCAACGGAUUCUUUUAGCCGAAACUUCAUUGGUAGAGGUGGAUUUGCAAAUGUUUAUAGAGGACGUUUGGCUGAUGGCACCCUAGUGGCAGUUAAAAGACUCAAAGAGGAAUGUGCUCAAGGUGGAGAGAUCCAGUUUCAAACUGAGGUUGAAAUGAUUAGCAUGGCUAUCCAUCGCAACUUGGUUCGUUUGUAUGGUUUUUGCACAACGCCAGUAGAAAGAUUGCUUGUUUAUCCUCUGAUGACUAACGGAAGUGUAGCCUCUUGCUUGAGAGAACGCCCAGCAACACGUUCACCACUUAGUUGGGAAAUCAGGAAGCGGAUUGCGUUGGGAGUCGCUAGGGGGCUUGCUUAUUUGCACGAACAUUGUGAAACGAAAAUCAUCCAUCGUGAUGUCAAGACUGAUAACAUAUUUUUGGAUGAGGAGUAUGAAGCAGUUGUUGGGGACUUUGGGUUGGCGAAACUUAUGGACUACAAACAUACUCAUGUCAUUACAAAAGUAUGUGGCACAGUUGGGCAUAUUGCACCUGAGUAUUUCUCCACUGGAAAAUCUUCAGAUAAAACUGAUGUUUUUGGAUAUGGAGCUAUGCUUCUGGAGCUCAUCACUGGACAAAGGGCAUCCCAUCUUCUCCCACCAACUGAUCAACAGGAUAUUACGUGGUUGGAUUGGGUGAAAGGAGUUUUGAAGGAGAAGAAAUUGAAGGCAUUAGUUGAUGGUGAUCUGAAGGGUAAUUUUAUUGAAGAUGAGGCUGAACAUUUGAUAAAGAUUGCUCUACUUUGUAGACAUACUUCUCCAAUAGAUCGUCCGAAGAUGUCAGAGGUGGUUAGAAUGCUUGAAGGUGAUGGUUUGGGUGAAAGAUGGGUGAGAUGGGAGGAGGAAGAGAUUACUAGUCACAAAUUUAAACACAUCCACCAGUCUAAUAUUGAUCGUGUUCUUGACUCUACUUCAAACCAAGCACCUGAUGAAUUGUCUACUGGCAGAUAAUGUUUAUAUUUUCUUCAUUUUUUUGUUGUUUGUAUCUUUCAAAUGUAAUUAUAUUUCCAAGCCUUUGUAUGUAAAAGCUCUUUUUGUAUUGAAAAAAAUUAUUGUUCUAACUCAUCAUUUUGUUAUUUAACAUGAUUCAUAUUCUCUUC